AUGGACAUCAGGGAUAUCACUAAUACUGAGAAGACCAAGUUCCACUGGUUCCAGCAGUAUAAUGGAGAGCCGUGUGCCAACCACACACAACUGACCAUAAAUGGCACUGCUGUGGAGAGGGUCAGCAGCACAAAGUUCCUGGCAGUGCAGAUCACAGAACACCUCUCCUGGACCUUACACGUAACAGCACUCUCCAAGAAAGCAAAACUUUUCCACUUCCUGCAUCGACUGAAUAAGCCUCUUCACCCUCCUACCAUCCGUCAGGAGAUACCUGAGCAAGAGGACCUCCUCUACCAGGUUCUGCAACAGCCUCUUUCACUCAAGCAAUGUCCAUUGGUCAUCAUGAACAUAACCUCUACCUCCACUCCUGUCCACUUCCUUACCAACAGUUCUCCUGGUGUGAAAGACCCGUCUGAUACCACCAUAUUCGAGCCAGCCAUCUUUGGUGGCUCUUACCAGGAGUUGACCAUAUUAUCUGACAGUGUUGGUGAGUGGCAGCAUAAUGUCAGUCAUGUCUCAAGACAAGGAGGGAACUUCACUGAUUCAACAGUUAACAGGACAUUAAUACUGCCAGCGGACGGCUUUGACCCAUUAGGAGGACAUACUAUCUGGCAGGUCAUCAUAAUUGUCUUCCUCACUGGAUCACUUUCUCUUGUCACUGUUGUUGGCAACAUCCUAGUGUUGGUGUCAUUCAAGAUCAAUAAGGCACUGAAGACAGUGAACAACUACUACCUCCUUAGCCUUGCAUUUGCUGAUCUGACCAUUGGCACACUGUCAAUGAACCUGUAUACCACCUACAUCAUCAUGGACCAGUGGGCUCUGGGGCCAGUGGUUUGUGACUUGUGGCUUGCAAUUGACUACGUGGCCAGUAACGCCUCAGUCAUGAACCUGCUCGUCAUCAGCUUUGACAGGUAUUUCUCUGUGACCAGACCUUUGACCUACCGGGCCAAGCGUACAACCAAGCGGGCCAUGACCAUGAUUGGAUUAGCCUGGUCCAUCUCUUUCAUCCUGUGGGCUCCAGCUAUCCUCUUCUGGCAGUACAUUGUGGGUGAGCGGACAGUCCAGCCUAACGAGUGCUACAUUCAGUUCUUGUCUGAACCCAUCAUUACAUUCUGCACUGCUAUCGCUGCAUUCUACUUGCCAGUGACUAUUAUGGCAAUCCUUUUUUGGAAGAUUUAUCAGGAGACAGAGAAGCGAGCUAAAGAUGUACAAGGUCUCAAGGGAUCUGGGUCAAGCAACAGCCCAAGCCCGUCUCAGAAUCAAGGGAGUGGCAAUGGAAGAACUGGUGGAGAAAGUGCAAGUUACUGCCAGAGUAAUUCAUCAGCCAUGCUCCGCCAGAUGAGUUCCCAAAGCUGCAGCAGCUAUGAACUAAAUCAGAUGGCUUCAGAAAACAACAACAUGGACAAUGCCAGCAUACCAGGAAGAACAGGAUACAGAGGGAUGUGUGGAACGUUCUGCUUUCAGUUGCAGUUUUCAUCACUGCUGCCAGGUCACCAUGCAUUUAAGAGGUCCAUCAACACCAUGACAACUAUGGUGGGCGAGGCAGAGCAGAGCAGCUGUGAUAGUUUCAACAACAAUGAAGUUGGUGCCUCUGGGAAGAAGUCAGAUUGUAAGAAAUCUGGGAAGGUGAAGAUGAACAAGAAUAUACAGCCAUCAUCAUCCACUAAAAGUCAAAAACAGUCACAAUCAAACGCUGUGACUUCAUCGCCUACCAACCAGUCACCUGCAGCCAUCACCAUAAAAGAUGCAGCUAUGGCCAAACGCUUUGCUUCUAAGGCCAAAACAGAGAUCAAUAAGCGCAAAAAUGAAAAAAAGGCCAAUGAAAAGAAAGCAGCACGGACACUCAGUGCUAUCCUGUUUGCCUUCAUUACGACAUGGUUACCAUAUAACAUCAUGGUGUUGGUCAACACUUUCUGUCAGGACUGUAUCCCUGAAACUCUUUGGGCACUGGGCUACUGGUUGUGUUAUGUAAACAGCACAGUCAACCCCAUGUGCUAUGCCCUGUGUAACAAGACCUUCCGUACAACUUUCAGGGAUAUUUUGAUGUGCCAGUGGAAUCAAAGGAAGAACAAGUCUCAUUUUCAUCAAAGGAAGGCUGUGGCUUUCCGGAAGAAAGACUCAAUGUAG